CCUCACUAGUGGCAAGAUUAAAACCAAGAUGGCGUGCAAAAGAUUAAAAAAAAUACACAUCUGUCUGAGUUGAUUUAAUUUUUUGUUACGUUUUUGAGAAGUUUAUCUAAACGUAAUGUAAAUUGAAUAGCAAUCAAACGUUAUAUUUAGUUUAUGUGUUUAAUUUCAAUCUACAACAAUGUGGCACGAAGCAAGGAAACAAGAACGGAUGAUCCGGGGAAUGAUUGUUGACUAUCGUCGAAGGGCGGAGCGCCGAAAGGAUUUUUACGAAAAGAUUAAAGCGGAACCUACACAAUUUUUACAACUUCACGGGCGACCAUGCAAAAUACAUUUAGAUCCAGCUAUUGCAGCAGCUGGCGAGGGCCCUGCUAUAAUGAUGCCUUGGCAAGGAGAUACCAACAACAUGAUAGACCGUUUCGAUGUUCGAGCCCACUUGGAUUACAUACCAGAUGUGAGGUACCCAGAAAUACCUCCAGAAGAGCUGAGUCCAGAAGAAAGGCAGUGCAACUAUGAAAGAUACAGGAUUCUGGCACAAAAUGUAUUUUUGGGAAUAAGUGAAGACAAGUUUCUCCAGCAGUUAGCAAUUGAGGAGCAAUUUGGAGUAACAAUAGAAGAGAAAGAGCAACAAAAAGAAAAACUACAUGAAAAGAAAGGAACUGGUGCUGCUAUAGGAUACAAUUAUAAUGAUCCAGGAGCACAACCGUCUGGUUCUAACGGACCAGACACUAAAAAAGUGGAACAGAAAGAUUCGGAUGAUGAUUCGGAUCUGGAAAUCAUUGAUGUCGACUUGAGCAUUGAUGUGAACAAGAUGGAGGCUUCACAGGCACACGAGCUGAACGGCGUGGGACCGCAAUUCGGCAUGGCUGGUUGCGAUCUCUUCUCCUUCCUGACCGGCGAUGCUGAUGAUGCAGAACAUCAGAAGCAGCUGCUAAGGGAAGAAAAGGAAAAGGCUAUGUUUUCUGGGAGAAAGAGUAGGAGAGAGCGACGGGCGCAUCGUUAUACUAUUGAGGCACGCAACGAUAAGAAGCUUGCUACAAGGGUGGUGAGUCCUCCUAGUUACGCUGCUCCGUCGUCAAUGCCGGCGCGGUCGCCGAGCCGAUCACCUAGUCGCAGCCCCUCGCCAGAUACGGGCGAGAAUAUACAGUUCAUCACGUCUUUCGGUGGAGAGGAGGAAGAGAAACCACCAACCAAACCACUGUAUGCAGACAAAGUAAAGCAGAAUUUGAAGAUGUUAUAUGCUGAUGUAGCACGCAAACCUCGUCGCAGGCCUUCACCACCAACCAGCCGUCGUCGACCGAUAGGCCCUAGAGGACCCAACUCACGUUCAAGAUCGUUCUCGCGAUCCCGCUCGCGUUCAAGGUCACGUUCGAGGUCGCGUUCUUGGAGGAAAUCUCGUUCCAAGUCUCGCUCAUCCCGAUCCCGCUCGGUGACCUCCAGGUCAAGGUCUCGCUCCUACAGCUCGUACAGACGAACUCGCUCGAGAUCAAGGUCACGUAAUCGUAGAAACAGAUAUUCUCGAAGCCCGGCAAAGUUUGUAUUCACACCUAUUACUGUCUAUUCUAGUUCGCUUGUAUUUGGGUUUAAACUAAUUGUCUUUGUAUUUUCCAGUCAAGCUAGUGGUUAUGCCAAGCGUAAUAACUCCAGGUCGAUGUCGUUUGAAAGUAGCGAUAAGAAUGCGCAGAGCAAGCCGGCCGUGCCGCGGUACUACGGGCGCCGCAAGGAGGACCAGUCGUCGAGUGAACUGUCCAUAGACUCCGACUCUAGCGAAUCCGACGAGGACGCGAAAAACAAAAUGGCGGUGGGCAAUAAAUCCAAUACAAACCAGAAUCAGUUACGAUUAUCUGGAUCCAGCUCCAAAGGUCCGUCGCGUGAAACGCUAUCACUGAAAGAAAAACUCAAGAGGAAAAUGCAGGCACAGUUAUCAAGGCAGCUUCGCGCAGACAAGCGGGCUGAAGCCGAGCGCCAGGAACGUGAGAGCCGGCGGCAGGCUCGGAGGGACGAAGAGAUGAGAGAACUGGCCAUCAAACUUAGACGCAAGCAGCGUGAAAUGCGGCACCAACAGAACAGAAGAUCAAGUGAAGACGACUCUGAUAGAAGUCGUAGUGGAUCAUCUUCUAGAGAAUCACUCUCUAACGGCAAGAAACGAGAGGAUAAAAGCAAAUCGCGCAGCGCUUCACCACCCGCUCGUAUUCCAGUGUGGGAGACUAACCGAGAUUUCGCAUCAACGUCACAAAGACCCAGGUCUGAUUACAGCAUGAACAGGCCUCGAGAAUAUGGAGAGAACUCGUACUAUUCAGACAGGCGGCGGUAUCACGACCAAGAGAGUAAAGACGAUAGGAGAAAUGAUGAAGAUAGGUCCCAAUAUUAUUCGAAUAGAUACGAUAAGUACCAGAAUCGCGAACAAGGGCAGGGACGGUAUGACAGCUACAAUCGGUAUGAUAACCAGAGUUAUGAAGGCAGAUGGAAAGAGGAUGGUUACAAUACGGGGCGGAGGAGGCCUUAUGGGCACAGAGGAGGCUACAGAGGGCACGGGUUUAGGCACAACGACCACCAUAGCAGUAGUCCCUCUCAAGACCAUGAUAGAGACACUAGCGAAGGGUACUCCAAAAACAAAGUGAAACUUGUAGAUUAUUAGAUAGGGAAGUUAAUGCCAAAAUAGGUGAAAUCUAUGUAGUUAUUGAAAUGUUAGUUGUGUAGGAUUGUUUGUGUAGAAUUUUACUUUCAACAUAUCGUAGGACUUAAGUUUGGAUGUUUUAUUGUGCGGUUUUAUUUUCUCUUAAUUUUUUUUUUACAUCGAAAUUCACUAGUCUUUUUUUCACACCUCACAGCGUUGUAAAUUAAAAUUUUAUUUAUUACUUUUUAAUAUUCUCAAGUGUUGUUGUCUGUACCGAAUUUAAAUUUUUCAUAUUGUAUCAUACGUUUAUAUUUUAUUAUCUGUCUUUUACGUGUAGCUGUUCUUAUUUGUAAAUUAAAUGUAAUAAAACGAUGUAUUAAACUA